AGCUGCCCCGAGAUCGCACCCCAGUACGUCCACACGUGCUUCACCCGCUUCCUUGCAGGUACGGUGAAGGCGACAUGGACGCCAUUGCCAACGGGUGCAACCCGACGGCGUGGGAUGCGCUCUGAGCAACCGAGUAAACGACGGGCCAGCACCAGGGCAGCCGCCUGAUGGACACUGAGCCCGUAUCGUUCCAUGAACUUGACCCGGC